UAAUCAUCUCUGCAUCUCGGUUGGUUCCUCUCCUUCCUUUCUGUUACUGUCCUCCUUUGAUUUCAAGAAAUCAAUUUGGGUUCCCGAUUUCAAUUGCCCUUUUUUUUGAAUUUGGUCUUCAGAUGGAAGAUGGGUCUCAGAGCAGCGAGCAGCUGGUUGUUGUUGAUGAUGAUGAUGAUGACCUUCCUCCAAUCGACGACACCCCUGAUCUCGAUAUUGACCUUGAAGAUGAUGAUGACCACGACUCUUGUCACGGCUUGCCUCAUCAUAUUAAUCACCAAGACGAAGCAGAAGAAGAAACUCGAUGCGACGACUCUUUUGCUGCUAAUGAAAAGUGUUUCAUGGCUCCCCCUGCUCCUGGAAUGGAAUUCGACUCCUACGAUGAUGCUUACAGUUUCUACAACUCGUACGCCCGUGCUCUCGGUUUUGCUAUCCGCGUCAAAUCUUCUUGGACUAAGCGCAACAGCAAGGAGAAACGUGGUGCUGUCUUGUGUUGCAACUGCCAAGGUUUCAAGUUGCUUAAGGAUGCUUCCUCCCGCAGGAAGGAGACCCGAACCGGUUGCCAGGCCAUGAUUCGCCUUCGUCUUAUCCCAUUCGAUAGAUGGAAAGUUGAUCAAGUCUACCUCGACCACAACCACUCCUUUGAUCCUGACCGAGCCCACAAUUCCAAGUCUCACAAGAAAUCCUCCUCUGCUGCAACUAAGACAAUACCACAACCACCUCUCCAUGUCCAAGUCCGGACUAUCAAAUUGUAUCGACCCCUUUCCCCACCCACCGAUCCCACCCAUGAUCACGUCCAAUCUUCUAGGCGUUUGGACCUCAGCGGAGGUUUUAGGGCCUUGCAGGAUUUCUUCUUCCAAAUUCAGCUUACCAGCCCCAACUUUCUUUACCUCAUGGAUCUUCGCGAUGACGGCAGUCUCAGGAAUGUCUUCUGGAUUGACGCUCGAGCUAGGGCUGCAUACUCUCACUUUGGCGACCUUCUUCUUUUCGACACCACAUGUUUAUCAAACGCAUACGAGCUUCCCCUUGUCGCAUUUGUUGGAAUUAACCACCAUGGAGACACAAUCUUGCUCGGCUGCGGUUUGGUUGCUGACCAGAGCUUUGAGACCUAUGUAUGGCUCUUCAGAGCGUGGCUAACCUGCAUGUUAGGCCGUCCCCCCCAGACCUUCAUCACAGAACAGUGCAAGGCAAUGCGGACUGCAGUCUCUGAAGUUUUUCCAAGGGCUCAUCAUCGCCUUAGCUUGACUCACGUCUUGCACAACAUCUUUCAGAGCGUUGUCCAACUACAAGAUUCUGACUUGUUCCGUAUCGCACUGAACAGAGUAGUCUACGGUUGUCUCAAGGUCGAAGAAUUUGAGAUAGCUUGGGAAGAGAUGAUCAUUCGGUUUGGGCUGACAAAUAACGAGACCAUCCAGCACAUGUUUCAAGAUCGAGAACUGUGGGCUCCAGUUUACCUCAAGGAUACAUUUUUGGCCGGGGCGCUGACUUUUCCACUGGGAAAUGUGGCAGCCCCGUUCAUCUUCAGUGGCUAUGUUCAUGAGAACACAUCCCUUAGAGAAUUCCUUGAAGGGUACGAAGCUUUUCUGGAUCAAAAGUACACAAGAGAAGCCUUGUGCGAUUCAGAGUCCUUAAAGUCAAUCCCUGAGCUCAAAACAACGCACCCCUACGAGUCUCAGAUGGCAAAGGUCUUCACGAUGGAGAUAUUUAGAAGGUUCCAAGACGAGGUCUCGGCAAUGUCUUCAUGUUUUGGAGUAACGCAAGUCCACUCAAACGGGUCGGCCUCCUCGUACGUGGUGAAAGAGAGGGAGGGAGAGAAAGUGAGAGACUUUGAGGUCAUCUACGAGACAAGUGCAGCAGCACAAGUACGUUGCUUCUGUGUCUGUGGUGGUUUCAGCUUCAAUGGGUACCAAUGCAGACACGUGCUCCUACUACUCAGCCACAACGGCUUGCAGGAAGUCCCGCCUCAGUAUAUACUGCAACGGUGGCGGAAGGACGUGAAACGUCUUUAUGUGGCGGAAUUUGGGUCAGGUCGUGUGGACAUAAUGAAUCCGGAUCAAUGGUAUGAGCAUUUGCACAGAAGAGCGAUGCAGGUUGUUGAACAAGGGAUGAGAUCGAAAGAGCAUUGCAGAGCUGCCUGGGAAGCGUUUCAAGAGUGUGCCAAUAAGGUCCAAUUUGUGACAGAGAAGCCUUCUUAGAUACUUACUUACCACUGUCUUUGUACGAGAUGAUUAGAAUCUGUAAUCAUAUUAUACAGGUUCUACCAGUAAUUAGGAUGGAUUAGAGCAAAUCUUGUACUGUAAUCCCAGUGAUCAAAUUGUGGUUAUUUUACAGGUUCCUGAAUUUAUGACAUUUUCAAAACUUCUUGUACAUAUGAAAUUAUUUUCGUCCUCUAGGUUUUGCUUUUACAAUUGGGCUUUUUCGAUUUUGUGGGCAUACAUAUAUGAAACUGAGCAUCUUCUUGUGUAGCCCAGUGGGCAGUAUAAAAGUCAGCCCAAAAC